UCGAUGUACUAACGUCUACUGUUCGCUGUGGUUGUGGUGCAGGCAGUGCCGGUUUGUUCUAACUACAGUGCACUAAAAGUAGGAUAGUUCACCAAGUAUGGCUCAGCAGAAAGGACUCACUCAGAGCAAAGAAGCCCUCCUGAAGUCAUACAACAAACGGCUCAAAGAUGAUAUCAAAUCCAUGGUUGACAAUUUCUCAGAAAUGAUCAAGUCUACGAGGGUCCCACUUGAGGAGGAGGGCCAGGUUCUGCGUCCAUUGCAAGUGACUGAAGAUCAGUACGAAAUGCACGUUCGUGCUGCUAACAUUGUCCGAGCCGGAGAAUCACUGAUGAAGCUCAUAUCUGACAUCAAACAGUACUUGAUCCUCAACGACUUUCCAUUCAUCAACGACUCUAUCGCGCAGAAUAGUCAGCGGUACUGUGCGGUACAGAUGGACUGCGAUCAACGACUGAUGGCCUUGCGGGACGACAUGGCUGCAGAACUCUAUGAACUUGAGGAAGAAUACUACUCAUCGUGUUAUAAGUAGCCAGUACGGCUGUUAACGUGUAUUCCGAAGUUGUAAAUGUUCAAGUGUUAUAUGGUCAGUAUGGAAACAGAUGGCAAGACCCACAGAACCAUCACAAUAUUAACGUGUAUACUGGUACACUGACUGCCAUUGUGAAGUAGCCCAUUUAGGUCUGGUACUGAACGAAAUCGGAGUACCCAACGACUACGAGCAAUGUACCAGACGUGGGCCAAGACGUGGUGCACUGCGGGAAGCUACAAGGUCUGAACCCAUCCUUGUCCAAAGUGUACCUGACCAAAUAUUUUUGUCUGUGACUGAGCCUCAACAAAGCACGUAUUAUUGCAAGAAUGUGAGCCGGACCAAUACAGGACCUGAUAAAUUAUGCUAUCGCAAGAAGUGGAAUGUAACCUAUUACAGGAGCAAUUGCACGUCAUAACCCUUGGAUUUCCAAGGAAUUAUUUCUCACAGCUGUUGUGCCUACACACUUGGAAGUAGCAGAAAAAUAAACGUAUCAGCCAUUUGCAGCAUU